AAGCUGCAACUAAAACCCCAAAGUCCCUAAACCCUUUUUUCAAAACCUCCAAACAAAAACCCACAGUAACUCUUGAGCUCAAGUAUCCAACCAUGGCCGAUUCUGGAGCUAACCCUAAACAGAGACAACCCAAGAAGAACAAGAAGAAGAGAAAGCAGAGCGGACCCGAAGAAUCUGAAAGGCCGCCCAAAACUAACCGCACCAAUUCACCAGAGAACGAGAAUGAACCACAAGACCAAAACUUUGAAGUUGGAGAAGCUGAAAAACCCAAUCAAGGUGGUCCAUGGAGGAACCUGGAGUUAAUUCUGUCAAUCCAGAACAGAGAGCUUGUUCUUCACAAGAAGGUGGAACUAGCUCAUGGUUUUGUGAUGUCGAGGGUGAAGGAAGAAGGAGGCAGCAGUGAUGAGGAUAAUCAAGCAGUGAACAUGUCAUGUUAAGUAAUUUUUGUCAGUGAUUGGAUCCAGUCAUUGUUGAUUUUCGAAGGAAAGAAAGUUGAGAGUGGUGGAGAGAAGCAUCAAGCUGAAGUUGUUUAUACGUAUUUGGAUUUAAGAUGCUGGGAGAUUUUCUAAUUCUGUUUGGAGGAGUCUCUCAAAUUAAAUGUUUCUUUAACUUUCUCACGGAACCUUUUACGCUCUAUAUGUUGGAUUGCAAGAAGUGCACUGUCCUUAUUGAACAAAACAUUUAUUGGUGAAGGGUUACAAUUGUACACUACUGUGCUUGAUUGAAUUUCUUUGGUAUUUUCAUCCCAAGAAGGCUUCGCAAAUGAAAAUUUAGACAUGUGGAUUACAACUGUAAGUUCAGUUCAUGACCUUGGACACAAAUGUUACAGUGAAGGUCGUGUUAGUGGCAAUGAGCGUGUAUUUGUUUUCCAAUUCUUGUGCUUGGCGCUUGAGCCAUUUGCCAGGUUUUUAAGGGCUCACGCUCGGAAAGAUGGAUUUCGUGAUUUUAGUAAUAAGCUCCUUGAGCCUCUGUUGCAUCUCUUCGGUCUCUUGCAUCUCCAGAUUGGUGGAAGUAAUCCUGGUUGGACAAGAAACUUUCUGAAACUUGUUGAAGAUGUAUUAUCUCAUGGGCUAUAUCACCCGCUCCACAUUGACGGGAGCUUAUGCAGUACUGAAAAAGACGCCACAUCCAAUGAUCGGAAGUCAAAAGAUUCCAAAACAAUCAACCAGAGUUAUCAUAGACAUUUAUUUGAUAAAGUGGAAGGAAUUUUAGCCGCAAAGAAUGCAUUUGCAGUAGAAAGCAUAGGAGUAUUGUUUCACUUGCUUAUUGAUCAAGUUAAAAAGCUAAAGAGGGAUUCAGCGCUGACUGGAAGUACCAAAAUGAUGGGGAAGAGUGAAGGUUCAAGGCAGUUAGAAGAUAGUUCAUUGGGUCAAACGUCUAUGAUGUCUUCUGGGAGUCGUAUUGUUGAAAAGAAUUAUUGCUCAACUAGUUUCAAUCCAGGAACACAAAAGUCACUUCACGAUUUUUUUGUACUGAUUAUGGACCCUCUUUUGCUUGAGAUCAAUGGCUUUCUUGAAACUAAAC